UGGCAGGACUGGUUAAAAUUCCGACUUAAAAUGCGAAUUAACUGAAAACAAAGAGCUCUUGCCGUCACGGAGAGAAAUGAAAUGCUGAGUUCAAAUGAUUUACAGCGAUCGCCGGUAAGCAGGUAUGAAAAAGGACAAUGAAAUGGUGUAAUUUUUGCCUCUAAGCGGACUGUUUAAAUUGUGCUUUUUCCUCACACUACAGUGUAUAUUAAAAAUUCUGAAAAUGCACAAACUUAAAAGUUAGGACUGACAUAUUUUAAAUAUUAUUCUGAACAGUGAGGUGUUAAACAAUGGAACGUGAUACUAGCACAGCAGAAAAAACGUCUUUCGAGUCCACAGAAGCGUCUACGUUCCAUAUCUCCGACUUAAUACAGAGCGACUUCCUGAAAUGUUUGCUUUGCGGGAAUGAGUACCAGGACCCCCGAAUUCUACCUUGUUGCCAUUCUUUCUGUGCAAAAUGUGUGGAGGCACAACUAGCCGAUAAAUCACCAGAGGGGUUGUAUGUUAAGUGUCCCGUGUGCCAGGACGAAAUUCAAGUGCCUAGCAGAAAAGUUCAUGAUUUGGAGCCAAAUUUCCUCGUGAUAAAAAUACAGGAGGCGGCAACACGACAAGCAUCACAGGUAAAGGACACAGCUCUAAGAUGUGACAACUGUGACGAACAGGAGGCGUCCAAUGUGCUUUACUGUGAACAGUGUGGGCAGUUAUUUUGCUCAGACUGUAGAGCAUCCCACGAUAAACUUAAGUCGAUGAAAAAUCACGUGUUUCGCGCAGCUGAAGACGCAUCAGAGCACGUGGUAGCCGCUAUGGUGGCGCAGCCUUUGACGUGCGCAAGCCACCGCGGAGAGCAGCUGGAUUUUUUCUGCAAAGAGGAAGAAACCGUCGUAUGUCGUGAUUGCAUCGUUACGGCUCACAACGGGCACGCAUGCGUUAAACUUGCUGACGUCACUGAAGACUGCCGAGGAGUCCUAACCAACCUGACGGCAGAAAUUUCCAGUUUAGGUGCAAAAUCUGAGGCGAACCUCAGUGGCAUGGAAGACUAUGUGAAAGCAUGUGAAAGUCAACGUAAUCGGGUUAAGGAGGGGAUCACGCGCCAGGCAAACCUCCUCAAAGAAUUGACAGAUAGCCAUUGUCAGACCCUUCAUAAAAUUGUGGAUGACCACUUUGACACGGCUUUAAAACCAACAGUUGAACUCAAGGGCAACCUUUCAAGAGUCACCGCCAAGUACAAGAGCUUAUCCCAGUUUACAAACAAUCUCCUCCUUUGCCGUAGUGAUUCCCUUAUGAUGGUCCACCAGAAAACCAUCAGGGUUAAUUUACAAGAACUCAUAAAGGCCGCGGUGAAUCUUGACUCCUGCGAAGCUCCACGUGUCCCACUUGUUGACGAUGUCGCCUUCACACCCAAACAUUGCACGGAAGAGGCCAUUGGGCAAAUGUUCGGUAAACUGGUCGUGGACUUUACGAAGCAAGAGCGCCCACCCAUUAAGUCGGAUGGCGGCGAAAUGGCUGGAGACGCCUUCCAUUCCCUCUUCGAACACUUUCCAAAAGAUGUUGAGUCUGACUCUGAAGAAGAGGAAAAAAAUUCGGAAUCGCAGAAAACACUCACCACAGAAAAGGUCCAUAGCAGCGGAGCCACGAGGGUAGCAGUCGGGCGUUCUGAUACGUUUGAUGCUACCUCUUGCGAGGCAACGCUGAGACGGUCGGGAGAUUAUGAAAAACGAGAGCGUAGUCGACGCAUUACCCAGUACGAACUCUACACCAAGUUUCAAGAUCAACACAGAUCCUCCAUGGAUAUGUUUCACGACGCAGAGAGCGAGGGCAUCUCCGCUCCUUUAGACGCUCAGCUUCUCUGUAUGUUCAACGCCAGACUCAAACGCGAGAAACAGAGCAAGCUUUACGGGGUCGCAAUUGACGACCAGGGCAAUAUUUACGUUAUUGACGACUCCAACAAAAAGAUGAAACUCUUUGCGGACACUGGUCAUUACAAAUACGCCAUCGACCUGAAACCCCAUGCCACCUGGCCAGCAGCAAUGGCGCUGCUGCCUAGUGGGAAUGUGGUUAUUUCCGAUAACAGUAAGGCUGCGUUUUACGACAUGCUGUUCCGAAACCCCACCGGCAGUGUCAUGAUCUAUUGGACGAAAACGAGAGAGUUUAUCAGGACGAUCGGCGUGGAUAAAAUCAAGAAGCCAUGGGGUGUAGCCAUAAACAGGCACUCGGAGAUCCUCGUCUGUGACGUUUACUGCAAAUGCAUCUUCGUUUUCCAAAUGGACGGCACAUAUGUCAAAACGAUUCCAAUUGGCCAGUGCAAGUGCCCUAUGGAUAUUGCAGCCAGUCACGUCAACGAUACCAUAUACGUUUCGGAUUCCAACGGCCACCAAGUUGUUGGUCUCAGCGAUCACGGGGAGGUGAUUAUGCAGCAUGGCACUCCAGACGUCCCCGGCAAUGGUCCAGACCAGCUGAAAUUUCCACGGGGGGUCUGUGUAGACCACUUUGGGCACAUUUUUAUCGCCGAUUCCGAAAACCACCGCGUGGUGGAGCUCUUACCAGAUGGUAGCUACAAGAGGACCCUAGCGACCGAAAAGGACGGACUGAAACAGCCCGUUGCCAUCGCAACCAACUCUAAGGGAAUAUUGGUAGUUGCAGAUUGGAAUGGAAACGUGCGAGUAUUUAGGUAUUUAAAUGAUAGCGGGCACAGUUCUGCCAGAAGUUUUAGUUCGGGAAAAAGCAAUAGGUCCGCUUUAAGUUAUGGUUCUGCUCGUAGCAUUAGCUCUGCCAGAAGCACCGAGUCGGCAAGGAGUCUUGGCUCUGUCCAUUCGUCUGAGUCGGGCCCUACAAACGACCUGGCUUCGGAGUAAAUUCACCGGGGCGUUCUCUCCCUGAGCUCCUGACACCAAAAGUCGACUGAAUACAUAACAUCAAUUGGAAUAAUAGCUCUCAAUUAGCAAUAGUAAUGGACUGAUUUUUUAAAAACUUUAAUUUGAACAGUAGGUGGAAGUUCUGAAAUGAGAACUGUCAUUUUAAAAUUCUAGACACCUUUCCGUGUUUCAACGCAGGACAAGGAAGAGCACAUUACAGAGGGAUGCUUUGCCUAACUUUCAUGCUCUCUUUGUAUGUAAUCAUUCAAUUUUGUUUCAUGAUACUUCGACAAAAUGAUUAUGCAUGGCAUUUUGCUAGACUCUACGGCAGCAAUAAUUGGAAAAACAGAGAGACAAAUUCGAAAUAUAUAUUUUAAAUGUUAAAGUUAAUAAUACUACGAUAGAUAAAUUUGCCUCUAAUUUAUAGUAUUUAUUGGUGAAAGUGUAAAUUCUAUUUCAUUUAUAAAAGUUUGAAAGGACCGCAUACAGAAUUUUGACUCGGAAAAAAGAAUCCUUUUUCAACAUUUAUAUUUUUGUUGUUGUUCUCACCGGACAUCGGGGUUCAAACUGAAAUAAUAACACUUACUUGAAAAUUAAAGCAAGUUCUCUAUUUUGCAUUUAACAUUGAUAAGCACUGGUGUUGGUGAAAGAUACUAGUCAGUGAGAAGAAUUAAUCUGUUUUUAUCUUUAAAUGGAGAGCCCGUUUAAGAGGUACAUUACUGAUAUUCCCAUGGUCGUGUUAUAUAUUUAUUUUUUCCCAGUUCAGUGAAAAAAAUACUGCAUUUUUUGUCUGUCUCGUUUACCAAUAUAAUUA